CCCGAAAAUGAGCCCGGCAGUUCGAUCAUGCCGGGCAAAGUGAAUCCCACUCAGUGCGAAGCUGUUACAAUGGUUGCUGCGCAAGUUUUCGGCAAUCAGGUUGCGGUAACUGUUGGCGGUUCAAAUGGGCAUUUCGAAUUGAACGUAUUCAAACCAAUGAUUGUACGUAAUGUUCUCCAGUCAACACGUCUCAUCGCUGAUGCGUCCGUUUCAUUUGCUGUGAACUGUGUCGAUGGUAUUAAAGCAAACAAGGUAAUGCUAAAAUUCCACCGAAUCGUGUGUAUUAUUCGUGAAAUAGGCGAAACUUACCUGAAAAUCUACUUUUUUUCAAAGCUACUUCAUAACUGA